AUGGAAUCAAGCUCGAAGCGUCGAAAAAUUGACCACGGGAGCAUUGGUUUGCGCCAUUCUGGGCUCAUUGACUUUGAGUCCCGGAACACAGCCCGAGUCACAGCUGCAAGCACCUUUGUUCUGCAGACAGAUGAGCUUCUAAAGGAGGCCAAGCCCAACUAUGAGAAGGCGUUCUAUGGCGUUGAUGGCCAAUUGCGCCGAUUAAAAGGCAUAAUCGAUGGAAUUGAGCCCCAUGAUCCCAAGCCAAUCUCAGAGGCUACCAUCAAAUUCGAAAAAGAGCAUCGCAUCGUCAUUCCAUACUCCGACCCAAAGCCCGCAAAAGACGCCCCGUACAAGGUCUCUUACUCGCCGCCAUCACAGUGUAAUGUCGUGGGAAGCUACGUUUCUCGGACAAUGAUCAAGACGCAGUCCGAGUUUGGCAUUGAUAUGGUUGUCCAGAUGCCGGCGUCACUCUUCCAAGAAAAGGACUACACGAACAUGCGAUACUUUUAUCGUCGAGCCUACUACAUUGCGUACAUUGCUGCGCGUGUGCGAAAGGAAUUUGCGCAAGAACUGGACCUGAGCUUCGAGAGCUUGAACGAAAACCCUUUAUUGCCGAUUGUUGUCCUCCGACCAAAGGCUUCGAGUGAUGGAGGCGAAGAGCGAGAAGCGAAGAAGAAGUCGAAGAAAGCAUCUUAUAGCAUCAAACUUAUUCCUUGUGCCCCCGAUGACCUGUUCCCCUGGUCCAAGGUGACGCCCAAGUCGAACAAUAAUAGACUGGGCGAGGCGGAUGAAAAGAAGGAAGCACAGGCGGCAACGCCCUUUUACAACUCCACCUUGAACGCUGAGAGAACUUUCAUUCCCUACUUACGGCUCCUUACUCACAUGAGUAAGGAAUGUCCUGCUUUUGCCGAUGCUUGUGUUCUUGGCAGAACGUGGCUUCAACAGCGCGGCUUUGGAAGCGCCAUCUCUCAAGGAGGAUUCGGACAUUUUGAGUGGGCGGCAAUGAUUGCUUUGCUCUUACAAAUGGGCGGUAGAAAUGGGCAAGCAGCUUUAUCAACCUCCCUCAGCAGCACAGAGCUUUUCAAGGCAGCCCUUCACUUUUUAUCAACUACCGACUUAAGCAAGAAACCCUAUACUUUUGCCUCUUCUACUGUUUCCGCAGAUGCUGUUCGAGAGGCUGGCCCUGUCAUGUUUGAUCCGACCAGACAGCUUAAUAUCUUGUUCAAGAUGACGCCUUGGUCAGCAAGCAUGCUGCAAAGCUACGCAAAGUCUACUACAGAACUUCUAGCUGAUGCAAUGGCCGAUAAAUUCGACCCGACAUUCAUUACCAAAGCCGAUAUUCCCUUCCAGACAUUCGAUGUUGUUUUUGAGAUCCAGAGCUCUAGUCUUGUCAGAUUCUCCGAAUCUGCAGACCGCAGGAGUGCCGUAACGAAUUUUUGUCUGGAAGCACACAAGCACCUCAAACGGGCGUAUGGCAACCGAGCACAGCUCGUGCAGUUCCAGCUGCCUCCCAGAGGACAUUGGUCGCUGGCCAAGCCCCCAGUCAAGGAGGCCACGCGGGCUCUCAUAGGCGUUGUCUUUGACCCUGUUCACAUGUCAAGACAGAUGGAAUUCGGCCCACCUGCCGAAGAGCAGAAAGAAGCCGCGAGAUUCCGACAGUUUUGGGGCGACAAGGCUGAAUUACGUCGAUUCAAGGAUGGCAGUAUUCUUGAGUGUAUCGAGUGGUCCAGCAAGCUCCCGCUGCAAAUUUGCGAGGAGAUUACACAUUACACCCUGCAGCGUCACCUGAAGAUUACCAAAGACCAAGUGACAACCGUGGGAGGGGCUUUUUCUUCCAUUAUCAGCCUGUCUCAUCUUGACAAAUCUGCCUUUGAUUCAGCUCGGCAAGCAUUCCAAAACUUUGAACGAGACAUUCGCAACCUGGAGGAACUGCCUUUGCAGAUCAAACAGCUGUCACCUACUUCCUCUUCAGCGCGCUAUGCAUCCAUUGAGCCACCAUUGAUGGGAUACCAUAAAGGAUCAAUCGAGCUGAUGGACGUCAAUUUGUACUUCGAAGCGUCAAGCAAAUGGCCUGAGAAUCUUACCGCCAUACAAGAAGCAAAGGUCGAAUUCCUCAUCGAUAUUGAUAGACGACUGACAAAGGCGAACGAGAAAAUCACCACAUAUUUGGGACGCGAGAACAAAGAGCUUGGCAUUGAAAGCUUGGCCUAUCUCGAUAUCAUAUAUGAGAACGGAGCGGCAUUCCGCCUAAGGAUACACUGCGAUCUAGAAGAGAAGCUCCUUGAGCGACAAGUCAAGAACAAGACUCUCGAGCCUCGCAUUCGCGAGGAAGCUGAAGAAGCCUCUGAAAAGCUCAACUGGCUGUACAAUGCUCUUCCGCUCCACACUCAGACCAUUGCAACUUUCUGCACCCGCUUCCCUCCUCUCUCGCCAACUAUCCGACUAGUCAAGCAUUGGUUCAACAGCCACAAGCUGACUGGCCAUAUUCGCGAAGAGCUCGUUGAGCUUUUCGUCCUUCACGCAUUCCUCCAGCCAUAUCCCUGGAGGCAGCCCACCUCCGUUAUCACGGGUCUGCUGCGAACACUGUUCUUCCUUUCCAAAUGGGAUUGGCGUGAUGAGGCUUUGAUUGUCGACACGGCGGAAGAUCUUUCCGAAAACGAUCGAUCAUCUGUUCGCCAUGAUCUUCAAACCUGGAGGAAACGAGACCCCAGCAUGAACGACAAGGUCUUAUUCGUGGCCACAUCCAACGAUCGAUCUGGCCUUGCGUACACUCGUAACGGACCAUCUAAACUGGUCGCCUCCCGCAUGACACAUCUUGCCAAAGCAGCCUGCAAGCUCGUCCGAGAAAAGGGUAUCCACCUCGACCCAUCUCUCCUGUUCGAGGCCUCCCUCCAAGACUACGAUGUCCUCUUCCACCUCUCCUCCAAGACCAUCAAGAACAUCAUCCGCGAAACAGCCGUUGAGUCCAGUGGACGUAAGCACUCUCAAUUCAAAAAUCUCGACACUCUCACCGCAUCGAUCCCGCUCCCCAUUAGGGCACACCCGACAGACGUCUUUAUGGAGGAGCUGGAGCGCGUGUACGAAGACUCGCUACUGUUCUUCCGGGGUAGCGCGGAUGACGCCGUGGUGGCAGCUCUUUGGAACCCUCGACUGCAGAAGCAAAAGUUUAGAGCGGGCUUGCCGUAUAACUUCCACUCUAUCGGGGGUGAUGGUGAUCAAGUUGAGGUGAACCGCAAGGCAGUUCUGCUAGAGAUUGCCCGAGCCGGAGGUGAUAUGAUCAAGAAAAUUGAGGUGGCCGAGGAGGACGAGUAA